CUAAACUUCCUGUAAAUGUCCUACAACUUUGCUGAGCAGUCUUCCCACUUCUGGAAACUGCACUGUAAACGAUCGGCCAGCAUGACAACGCUCCUUCGCAGGGUAGCCGGGCCGAGGUGCUCAUCGUGGCGGUGCAUGGCUGCAUUUCUGCGCGGAACGCACAACCGAACCGCCCAUUCGAUUCACCGCGACGGAGAGCGAAUGCUGGCCGGCGACGGUCGCCCUUUAACGGCGUACAGUCGCGCACACAGCCGCAGGCAGCACACAGAGGCUGCAGAUUCCGUGGAGGUGCAUUUAAAGCGGCUAGAAGAGGGAGACCAGGGGAUAGUGGAGGUGUUGAUGUGCCGACAUAAUGCAAGAAACGCUCUGGGCCACGUGUUUGUGUCACAGAUGAGGGAGCUGGUGUCCACUCUGUCCAGUGACUCAUCAGUGCGUGUGGUUAUCUUCAGGAGCUUAGUACCGAAGGUUUUCUGUGCUGGUGCAGACCUGAAAGAGAGAGCUCUGAUGAACAACACUGAGUCUGAUCUGUUUGUUCACGGCCUGCGUUCCCUCAUGACUCAGAUAGCAUUGUUGCCCAUGCCAACCAUCGCAGCCAUGGAUGGCGUCGCCCUGGGAGGUGGACUGGAGCUAGCCUUGGCCUGUGACCUCCGCACCGCUGCGUAUUCGGCACAGAUGGGCCUGAUUGAGACGACACGGGGGCUGCUCCCAGGGGCGGGGGGCAGUCAGCGGCUGCCGAGGAUGGUCGGCAUCACUCUGGCCAAAGAGCUCAUCUUCACAGGUAAGCGUGUGGGAGGGCAGACAGCUCUGGAGAUGGGGCUUGUAAACAGAGCUGUAGAACAGAACCAGACAGGAGACGCUGCCUACAGAGAGGCACUCAGCCUGGCCAGAGAGAUACUGCCACAGGCUCCUAUCGCUGUGCGGAUGGCAAAAGAAGCAAUGAACAGAGGCGUUGAGGUUGACAUCGGUUCAGCAAUGGCUAUAGAGAGGAUGUGCUAUGCUCGGGUCAUCCCCACGCGGGACAGAAAGGAGGGUAUGGCUGCCUUCAUAGAGAAGAGACCUCCGCGGUACACUGGGGAGUAGACGCUUCUGAGUUACUGAAUUUUUCUCUCCCACAGACAUGCACACAGCGCUCUGUAACCUCGUGUCUGAUGGACAAUUGACUGUGUGCAGUGUCAAUACAUUAGUUAUGGUCAGGUGGAGUAGUGUGACAGUCAGGAUUAAUCUGACAAAAGGUGAUUUGUAGCAGUGUAAUAUGUGUAAGAGUUUUCUGUUGGCUGUUCUUGCUUUUUUUUAGUCACACAUUCCUUGGUGAUAGGAGCACCAUCUUUGGAAGUGACUGAAUAAAAAGGCACAACAAGUGUCAUCUCCAGUUUA